CCCAUGGCCCUGGUGCUGGGUCAGCGGGCACAGUAGCCGCCUCCGGCUAUUCCCGCGGGUGACUCAGAGCUACCCAGGGAAGGCAGGCUGGAGAUGCGCCUCGCCUCCGGGCUUCGGGCUGCGGCCGGAGACUGAGCCACAAAGAAGUUUUCCCGGCGGCGGCGGCGGUGGUGGCGAGGCGCUCCCCCAUGCACCCCUCCGGCCGCCGAUCCUGGAGCGCUGCUCGGCAGGCGCCCGGCACCGACCCCGCCAUGGAGCCCCGCGCGGGGCUGCACAGCAGCCCGGAGCUCAGCCGGGCCAAGCGGCUGAGCGUGGGGGAGCUCCGCUCCCUCUUCGAGGCUCGCUGCGCCGCCGUCGCUGCCGCCGCCGCCCGCCAGCUGCCCGACCCGGCGAAGAGGGGCUGCCGACGCCCCAACGGGGUGCUGCCGCCCGUCAUCCCCCGGCUCACCGUCACCGCCGAGGAGAGCGAGGAGACGCAGGGCAGCCCUCAGGCGCGGCCGCCGAAGCCGGAGGGCAGCUGGCUGAGGACGGGCAGCUCGUUGCACCUGCAGUCCCGCAGGCUGUCCAACUCCUCGCUCUCCUCCACCGGCUCCUCGUCCCUCUUGGAGGACUCGGAGGACGACGUGCUGAGCGACACGGAGUGCAGGAGCCAGGGUAUCGUGCACUUGGAGCACGGCGAGGACACCAGCCAGUCUCCUGUGUCAGAUGUUAAAAAUAAAAUUUUUCCAGGCACUUACCAGCAGAAAAAGGCAUGGCAUACGAUUAAAACCAUGGUUAACUUACCAGUCAUCAGCCCCUUCAAGAAACGCUACUCAUGGGUGCAGCUGGCUGGGCAUACAGGGAGUUUUAAGGCAGCUGAUAGUGGGAAGAUUCUGAAACGCUUCUCAGAGAAUGAAAAAGAGUGUUUUGAACGAUUGAUGAAAGACCCACUACGCUCCUGUGUCCCUUGCUUCCAUGGUGUGGUGGAGAGAGAUGGCGAGAGCUACAUUCAGCUGGAUGACUUGCUUACUGAUUUUGAAGGGCCGAGUGUGAUGGACUGCAAGAUGGGGAUCAGAACGUACCUGGAGGAAGAGUUGACUAAGGCACGAGAGAAACCAAAGCUGCGUAAGGACAUGUACAAAAAAAUGAUUGAAGUGGAUCCUCUUGCUCCCACGGCUGAAGAGAAUGCCCAGCAUGCAGUCACCAAACCCCGCUAUAUGCAGUGGAGGGAAACCAUCAGCUCUAGUGCCAACCUGGGUUUCAGGAUUGAAGGAAUUAAGAAGGCAGAUGGAACAUGUAACACAAACUUCAAAACUACGAAGACACAGGAGCAAGUUCUACAGGUUUUUGUGGAAUUCAUUGAGGGCAACACAACUAUUCUGAAAAAAUACCUCAAGCGUCUGCAGGAAAUUAAUGUCAUUCUUGAAUCCUCAGACUUCUUCAAGCGACAUGAGGUCGUUGGAAGUUCACUACUUUUUGUACAUGAUGGCAGUGGGAAUGCCAAUGUGUGGCUGAUUGAUUUUGGAAAGACUACCCUUCUCCCUGAUGGGCAGACACUGGAUCACAGAAUCCCCUGGCAAGAAGGCAAUAGGGAGGAUGGGUACUUGUUGGGGUUGGACAAUUUGAUUGGCAUCUUGGAAAGCAUCACUGAAAGAUGAGUUAAGAAUGGCACAAAACUUGUGGGGCUUCUCUGUAAUUUUCUGCUUUAUUGAAGUAGAAGGAAACUCAGUUAGAAGGAAACCUUUAACUACAAGCUCCUGAGGUGCAGAGGAAGCUACAUCCAGAACUCAGCAGUUAGUGAUCAAAAUUACUUUGCAUCAGCCCUCUAUGGACGUAAACAAUAACUCCAGAUUGGUCUCUGUUGCACCAGAUGAACUUGAGACUGGUCCUCAGAGAAUGAAGAUCUCCAUACUUGGGAAUCACACCAGCAUGAGUCAAGAGGUCUGUGUGGUAAACCAGAAUGACUGUGAUUUCUGGCAAAAUUGGACUCCAGAUUACUUUAUAGUGAACCAGGGCAAAUGCUUGGGGAUUUGGGACAGAAAAAAAUCUUUUUUCAGGGAAAAAAUGGUUUCAGUUUUGAAACCAGAUUGGUUUUUUCCUCUCUAAUUCCAAGUCUUCUUGCACCUGUGUACGCUAUUGGUUGGACCAACAACUUCUGCCGCAUUACGUUCGUUACAGAGUGAACAAGGUGGAAAUGGGUGAACCUGGAGCAAAGGGAGACAGCAGUUUGUGGUGGCUUGAUGUGGCUAACGGCUGUUGACCAUUCCUCCUCCUUCCCACCCUAGCCUUGCUUCUAUCCAAGAACAGCCUUGGCUUUUUAUGUAGCUUCUCAGGAGAUUACAAGUACUCUAGGGAGAGAAUAGCAGCCUAUGGUCUCCAAAACCAUUUGACUUUCCAGCUGGGUAGGCUGUUUGAAAUGUUAGUAGCUUGGCAAGUUUGGCCUCUUGCAGCUGAACUGCACUUCUGAAAAUCACUAAUGAUCUUUCACACACAGAUCAGGGAAUUAAGAUUUUUUUUCCCAAGGCUUGUUUAUAAGGAUAAAACCCCUAUACACAAGCACACAGAUGCACGCACUAGUAAUCAGCAACCAAUGUGAUCUCUAAGAUCAUGGUUUGACUGUCUCCUAACAUAUGUGACUUCUUGGCCAUGUUCCUGUUCUCAAAUACAAUGCUGCCACUUAAGUGUAUAAACAGGCACAGCAAUCAGGAUGGUAAUGUUUCUGCAUUCACAGCAUUACACAAUGAUGAGAUCAUUCCCAGGUAUCCUUCCUCCAAGGUAUCAGCUGUUAAAUCCAGGCAGUUUGGGUGAAGAAAUGUCAAUAUAUUACAUCCUCUAGUCCCUGUCUGGAAUUGCAGGGCCAUCUGUGAUUCAUCCUUCUUUUACUGUGGUUCAGGCACAGCCACAGAAAAUCCACAGUUUUUAGGUUAAGACUGAAGUGUUUUCUUGUAAUAGCUUCACAUACCUUCUCCUUGGUUUCCUCUAGUCACUUGAACAGUUCUUUAAAUACUAGCAGUGUAAAUACUAUCAUUAGUCUCAUGUUCACUCACAUUCCAGGUUUUAACAUCAAUAAUGCGAUGAUGCAGUUUUCAAAAUGUGGACUAGACUUGCAUUGCUAGUCGAUGGUUAAUCCUCUUUCAGCAUCUAAAGCUAGUAAUGCACAUUGAUCAGAAAUUGCUGUCUUUUGCUGGUGUCCUGUGCUCCGGAGAGAUUCUGAGAACUUUUGGAUAUAUGAAGCUGACUCCAUGCUUUGAGAAACUGCUACUUCAAUAAUAAUCAGUAUCAUGAGCAAAAAAACCCUGUAGAGUUCAGGUUUGGAAUUAAAUCUAUGUGUAACUUUUGUAAUUAGAACUGAAGAGCCUAAAAUAAUUUCUAAAAGGAGUUACUUUGGAUAACACACUACUGUACUAAAAGAUCAGUCAGAUUUAAUUACUUUUUCGUCAGCUCUAAAGAAAACAGCAGUAUUAAAAACUGAAGCUCAAUUGUCAUAUAAAUGUUAGAUGGCUUAGAGUAGGUAUUCUGUAGGAAGUAAUGACAUGUGGAAACAUUUCAUUCUAAACGAGAAGUUGUCUGAAACUGGUAAUUAUUUUUGCAGUUCACUGCAAAUUCAGAUGACUUCUGUGGCCUCUCAGAGUCUCUCAGUUUUAUAUGCAUGAUGGUAUGUUAAUGAAUUUUCCACUUAAGUGUUUUAGGGGGUUUACACUGUUUUUUUGGUUUUUUUGUUUUUUUUUUAAUUGACAGCACAGAUGUCAUUCCAGAUGAUGCCUCCUAACUUUUGAACUGCUAUGAAAUGACAAAUGAAUCUGUGGUGAAUUUCAUACAAUUUAAAAGUAUUUUUCCUUUCCUGAAGCCAACAGAUAAGCCACCAGAUAACAGUGCUUAAGGAGAAUAGCAGGUAAAUGGGUCUCACAGGGAGGACUUUAAUAACAUACCUUUUUAUAUGAGACUUCAAUUGCAAGCAGUCCUACCAUAAUAAAAAAAUUAUUAAAGUUAGACAUAACACUGUGAAGAUAUAAUUCAUUUAGUAGUUUGCCUAAUUAAUCUUCAGAGUUAAAUUUCUUCCUUCUGUUACCACACCUGUGAAUCUUUUGCAUCAGUGUAACUUAUUUUCUAGAGGAGAGAUUUAGGUGGUAGAGGUUGGUGCUCAGAUGUCAGUUGAGAAUUUAAGACAAAGUUUUAGAAUGACUGUUGGAAAGGUCUGGGAAAAAUGAAAAUCUCUGCUAUAGCAAACUAUGGUCUGGAAACUCAUGCUAGAUGAUAUACGUAGUUCUAGUGAGUUAGUUUUGAAAUGUCCUCUUUGCCUUGCUGAGGGAUCAGAAAGGAAGAAAUCACAAUGAUCUGCUGCUGGUAUGGGAAAGAAGAGAAAUAGGCAGCUUUUCUAGGUAAACUGCUAAGGGUAGGAUUUCCCACUGAGCACAGGAGUUCUAGGGGGGUGAGGCUGUGAGUUCCUAAGCCAACUACCACAGGGUAUAUUAGACACCUUGUUUCUCAUCAGAUGGACCAGAGGGCCUGUCUGUGUACACUCGCUAGUGUGUGGAAGCCUUCUUUCACUAUGGAGUAAGUUGCCUUCAAUAAGCUUUUACCAGAGAGUCAGCAUGAUGCAUUUGCACAGGUACGUAACAUUGAAGAGCUGAUGCAGGGUAACCAAGGGACUUGUUCACACGCAAGUCCAGGAUGUCGUUCAUUAGUGCAUCUGCUGGGAUAGUGCCUCGCUCUGGAGACACUGAGAGUGUGUGUGUUUCCACAGCAUGGUAAGAUAUGCUGGCCCAGAGGCACUUGGGUGCUGAACAGCUGACCUCUGACUUAGGCACCAAGGUCUUUAAACUCACUGGUUAGAUGCAGCAAUGCUUACUGCUGUAGCUGCUGCAUUCCUGUGUGAAUCUGAAAGUAGGACUUCUUUCCCUCAACUUGUCAUUGACUUGGUUUUUUGGCCAUGGACAACUAGGCAUCAGUUUUUUUCCCAUUUUACAGAUGGGAACAGUUCCUACUUACCUCACAGGAAUGGUGUGAGUCUGUCCUUCACUGUUCCCUGCAAGAUGCUGUGAGAUCAUUUGGAGGAAGGUGCAAUAUAGAAAGAAAUGCACAAAGAGAUACAUCAGAUAAGUUUGAAGGUGUUGGGUGUUGAGGCCCCACAGGGAUGUAAAUGUGGCUGAAAUUUAACCAAAAUGGUAACAAUUAAAUCCCUCUAAAUUUUGUACAGGGGGAGAAAUUCACUUAAUAGGAUCCAGUUCCUAUUAAAGGGAAAGAUUUCAAUGGGAGUUGGACCAAACCCUUAAGUAUCUCAGAGGGCUUUUGCUAUUUUUUUAUUGCUGUUGUUAUUUGUUAUUCUUAAGGUACUGAGAUCAAAUGGCCUGUAUCAUCCACAUGCAUCAGUUCUGAACACUACAAUGCAAUGCUGACCAUGGUCACUCUUGACAUUGACUGUAUUGGAUGAGUGUUUGUUACUCUGAAGUGUGUAUGCUACUAAAUAAAUGAGACUGAAGAAAAAAAAGCCGCUGUGAUUUGGUCACAUGG